GCGCGCCUGCGCUCUGCCCUGGCGGUGGGCGAGUGCGGAAUCGGGAUCGUGCCGGUCACCCUGCUGCUGCGGCGGAGUCUGUAGCCUGACCCGUCUUUAAGCUGGGGACCAUGAACCGCAGCCGCCAGGUGACGUGCGUGGCUUGGGUCCGCUGCGGCGUGGCCAAAGAGACGCCAGAUAAGGUAGAACUAAGUAAAGAAGAAGUAAAGCGACUCAUUGCUGAUGCAAAGGAAAAAUUGCAAGAAGACGGUGGCAGCGAUGAAGAGGAGGUAGGCCAUCCUUCAGAAGAUGGCAUGCAGAGUGCACGUACCCAGGCUCGACCAAGAGAGCCCCUGGAGGAUGGUGACCCAGAGGAUGACAGGACGCUAGAUGACGAUGAGCUGGCCGAGUAUGACUUAGACAAAUAUGAUGAAGAGGAUGAUCCGGAUGCUGAGACUCUCGGCGAAUCUCUCUUGGGUCUUACGGUCUACGGGAGUAAUGAUCAAGAUCCUUACGUUACUCUGAAAGAUACAGAACAGUAUGAACGUGAAGAUUUCUUGAUUAAGCCCACCGACAAUCUUAUAGUUUGUGGCCGAGCUGAACAGGACCAGUGCAAUUUAGAGGUGCAUGUUUACAAUCAAGAAGAAGAUUCUUUUUAUGUACACCAUGAUAUACUCUUGUCUGCGUAUCCUCUGAGUGUGGAAUGGCUGAAUUUUGAUCCUAGCCCAGAUGAUUCUACUGGAAAUUAUAUUGCUGUGGGAAGCAUGACACCUGUUAUUGAAGUGUGGGACCUCGAUAUAGUGGACUCUUUAGAACCCGUCUUCACACUUGGAAGUAAACUUUCAAAAAAGAAGAAAAAGAAAGGGAAGAAGAGUUCCUCAGCGGAAGGGCAUACUGAUGCUGUCCUUGACCUUUCAUGGAAUAAGCUAAUCAGAAAUGUAUUGGCAAGUGCAUCAGCUGAUAAUACUGUCAUUCUGUGGGAUAUGUCCCUAGGGAAGCCAGCAGCUAGUCUUGCUGUACACACAGAUAAGGUCCAGACUUUGCAGUUUCAUCCAUUUGAAGCACAAACUCUGAUUUCUGGAUCUUAUGAUAAAUCCGUUGCUUUGUAUGACUGCCGGAGUCCAGAGGAGAGCCGUCGCAUGUGGCGGUUCAGUGGGCAGAUCGAGAGGGUGACUUGGAAUCACUUUUCACCUUGUCACUUUUUGGCCAGUACAGAUGAUGGCUUUGUAUAUAAUUUGGAUGCACGUUCAGAUAAGCCAGUUUUUACUCUUAAUGCCCACAAUGAUGAAAUCUCUGGUCUUGAUCUAAGCAGUCAGAUCAAGGGUUGUCUUGUGACUGCUUCAGCUGACAAAUAUGUGAAGAUCUGGGAUAUCUUAGGCGAUAGGCCAAGUCUAGUUCAUUCUAGGGACAUGAAAAUGGGAGUUCUCUUCUGUUCUUCGUGUUGCCCUGAUUUGCCAUUUAUUUAUGCCUUCGGAGGUCAGAAAGAAGGGCUUCGGGUCUGGGAUAUAAGCACAGUCUCUUCAGUAAAUGAAGCAUUUGGAAGACGAGAGAGGCUUGUUCUCAGCAACAUAAGAAAUUCCUCUAUUAAUGGCCCUUUGGGGAGCAGGAGCUCAGACACACCAAUGGAGUCUUAAGGAAGAUCAUGUACUUUCCAGUUUGGUUAAGCCUCACUGAGAGUUAAAAACCUGGCCUAAGAAUGUUCCAUGUGUAGCAGCAGCCAGGUGGAGUGACUGAAAAUUCCUCUCCAGCUGCCUGACGGUCCAUCCUGCAGCUGCAGUGACAACACAGACAAAGCCGGUCUUCACAACUGUAUUUCAGACAGGUGGUGUAGAGGACUCUUGUUGCAUUUCUUAAAAAGAGUAAUAAAAAAAGAUUCUU